AUGAGAGAGUUUCAAACAGCUUGGCUUCUGCAUUUUGGCAUAUCCGUCUCUGUAGCCGCUACUUCAGCAAGUGAUUCAAAUAGUGACUCCCCGGCUGUGCUCAACUUCCGACCUGAAAACGUGACAUUGAGUGGUCUCUAUCAUUGGGUUGGAUGUGAUCCGGUCAAUGCCUUUUUCGCCCUGUGGCCUGUUGGCUUCAAUUUCAGUACAUUGCCCCUUGGGAAGUGGCUCAAUGAGAUAUCCUCCCUUGAUUAUGGGAUAUUCUCGUCCAACCCCGUUUAUGAUAACAGCACGGAAUCUGGUUUCGAUAAUUUUGUCUGGUCCACGGAGGAAAACCAGGCCUCUCCCUAUAAUCUCUCCAGCGUCUUGACUGACUAUCAAGGCUUCAACGAUUUCCUCAUCGACAGUACGACAACCUGCCUUGGAGUCGAGAUUCUCCAGUGGCAGUUUGCACCCAUACCCUCCAAUGGCAGUUUCAACGGAUCUACUUUCACGAAUCCGGUCAUCGAUCUCCAGUUUGAUAGUCGUACUGCAAACCUUUCUAUGCGGGGGUACUUUGAGGCGUCCCCUCAGUAUACGGAUGGGGUUGAAGACAAUGUGAUGUUUGCGGGGAAAUUGAUCAUGAAUUUUUCGGGUGUUAUAGACCACUAUCAUUCGGAUAUUCUGAGGAAUGAUAUGGAUACCCCGACUUGGGUGCGUACUGUUGGUUAUCAAAACAAUUCGUUGAAGGUUGGCUAUACAACUGUAUCAGCUGGCAAUCAGUUGGCUGGGUCUUCCUUACUGGCUACGAUGCUUGUGCUCUCGCAGGGGCUUGUGUUUCUUUCUUGA